ACCGCCGUAGCAACACACACACACAGAGAAGCCAAUCUCGCCGGAGAGGGAAGCGUCGAUGAUGUCGGGCCGUGGCAAGGGAGGGAAGGGGCUCGGCAAGGGCGGCGCCAAGCGCCACCGGAAGGUGCUCCGGGACAACAUCCAGGGCAUCACCAAGCCGGCGAUCCGCCGUCUGGCUCGCAGGGGAGGCGUGAAGCGCAUCUCGGGGCUCAUCUACGAGGAGACCCCGGGCGUGCUCAAGAUCUUCCUGGAGAACGUCAUCCGUGACGCCGUCACCUACACCGAGCACGCCCGUCGCAAGACCGUCACCGCCAUGGACGUCGUCUACGCCCUCAAGCGCCAGGGCCGCACCCUCUACGGAUUCGGCGGCUCUGUUAACGGGUUCGAAGCUGCUUCCAAGGCCCAAAACAGCGGGGCAACCACUAUAAAUCCCCCACGCCCCAUCUCCGUCCAUCUCAUCUCACCACACCGCCGUAGCAACACACACACAGAGAAGCCAAUCUCGCCGGAGAGGGAAGCGUCGACGAUGUCGGGCCGUGGCAAGGGAGGGAAGGGGCUCGGCAAGGGCGGCGCCAAGCGCCACCGGAAGGUGCUCCGGGACAACAUCCAGGGCAUCACCAAGCCGGCGAUCCGCCGUCUGGCUCGCAGGGGCGGCGUGAAGCGCAUCUCGGGGCUCAUCUACGAGGAGACCCGAGGCGUGCUCAAGAUCUUCCUCGAGAACGUCAUCCGCGACGCCGUCACCUACACCGAGCACGCCCGCCGCAAGACCGUCACCGCCAUGGACGUCGUCUACGCCCUCAAGCGCCAGGGACGCACCCUGUACGGAUUCGGCGGCUAGGCCACGCCGGUCCAGCAGAACCCACCUCGCGCCGCCAGAUUCACUAGCUACCCAUGGUUGUUCAGUGUUCAUUGUCUUCGGUGUAAUGGAACGGCCGCAUCUCGCUGCUGUCUGUUGUUCAGUGUACUGUGUUUGGAUGUA